GCGUGCAGAUGGCUUCCAAUCAAAUCUUGGAUUCAGAAUACAUGUAUUUCCGAGAACAAAGACUAUAUUGGAGUAGCAAGUGAUACUAAUCAUUGCAACAUAAAUACUCUUAUCUGGGAAAUUGAUGCAGUAAUGAAAAAGAGCAUCCAAGUAAGUGCUUUUAGGCCUUUGGAGUAUACAGAGUUAGAGACGACAAGUCCAAUAAGGACCGAAUUCAUCUUUCUACCAAGGCGGAGCCAAUGA